AUUCACUAAAAGCGAUUGGAAAUCCGACGUCUAUGGGUGGCCGUGUCUAAGUCGCAGGACCGUCAUGUCCAUUUUAUCACGAUCAAUUGCAUUGUUAUUGAGAUGAUAACGGUUUUCGAAAGACAAUUGUAAUUCAAUAAUCGUUGAGGACUCAUCAUUUUACAAUGUAUCGCCCAAGACUAUUGGGCCAGAGCCUUCGGGGCUUCACCCACGCCCGAACAUGUCGCCGAACAUAUAUCACAGAUGCUGAUGUUGAAUCUGCAAGAAGAUACUGCUUGACACAGUUACAAAACAGCGACUAUGAUGCUCAUCUCAUUCGCCGCUUCGUCCCCUCUCCAGUACAAGACACCUACGCUGCUCUCCGUACCCUCAACCUUGAGCUUGUUCGUCUCCCUGAGCUCGUCUCUAACCCUACGAUUGGAUCCUUUCGAAUGAAAUUCUGGCAAGAAUCCAUUGACAACACUUUCGCGGGUCGUCCCCCUCGCGAACCCAUUUGCAUCCUCCUUCACAAGGGUCUACAAGAUCUGGAGGCCCGUGAUGGCAAUUCUACCAAGAAAUCUAUAAAAUUUUGGAUCUCGAGAUUAAUAAAAACGAGAGAAAAGCAUAUGACAAACAGGCCCUUUGCGAAUUUGGCGAGCUUGGAGGAGUAUGCUGAGAAUACAUAUUCGACUCUCAUGUACGCGACAUUAGCAUCACUUCCGCUGAGAUCAAUGCAUGUCGAUCAUCUCGCAAGUCAUAUCGGAAAGGCUUGUGGUAUCGCUGCGGUCCUACGUGGCAUCCCUGUUCUGGCGGCUCCUCCUCCUCCAGUAAAUACACCUUCUGGUCAGGUUCCAGCAGUGCGAGAGCCUGCGCUUCUUCUGCCAUUGGAUGCUAUGGCUGAAGCAGGAGUUAAGGAGGAGGAGGUCUUCAGGCAGGGACCCAAUGCUCCCGGACUUCAAGAUGCUGUAUUCCAGGUCGCGACACGAGCCAAUGACCACCUCAUCACGGCCCGAGAGAUGCUCAAGCGGCUCAAGGCAGGAGAGGAUCCAGGUCAUGAGUUUGAGCAUCAAGGAGAAGCUGAGCAUUUGUAUACCGAGGGAAGCGACACAUUGAGAGAGAUCCGUCAGGGAUUUGGAGUGCUUCUUGAAGCUAUCCCUUCGGCACAGUACUUGCAACGUCUAGAGCAAGCAGAUUUCAACCCAUUCGCUGUCAAGACAGCUGGCUGGAAACUGCCAUGGAAUAGAUGCCCCACUUGUCAUGAGCUCCCGCCAUUGAAGUGGCUAAUCCUCGGAGCCCAAAAUUCGAGAUCCGCCAGAAAUUCAUCCAGCUUGGGCGACAUCAAAUUGUUCCGCGACAAUAUCAUUCUUACUGUAGAUGUCAUCACCAAGAUGCUCUACGAAUUAAUUGCAAUUGUCCGACCGGGCAGCCUCUCCGAGGUGAAGGAAAUCGCCCAAACCGUCGGUUCCCUCGUCCUCAAGAAUGGCGGUGUCGUCCGCGGUCUCGCCAACUGGGGUGUCUUCUCCCUACCGAAGCCUAUCUCAGUGCAUCAGAUGAAGCACACACACGGCCAUUACUUUGUCAUGCGAUACGAUGCCGCCUCAAAGGUUCACCAAGACGUACGAAAUACAUUGCGCCUCGAGCCCCGUAUGAUUCGCGCCGCCCAUGUCAAGCUCGGAGACGGAAAGCUUGAGUCAUUGGCUAGAUUUGGACCGCCCAAGUGGAAGACGACUGGUAGUGAGGCAUAAGGGGAGAGGGAAAGACUUAAAGAUAUAAAUGGAUGGCAAACGGCUUUAAUAGCGAGAACGAAGAAGCAGGAAAUCAUCAUGUAGGAUACAUGAACGAUCCUCGAAUGAGAGUGUGGGCGUCAGAGUCCGAGAAAAGGCUUGGCCCUAUGCUUAGGCAUCACACGAUGCCGUGUACAAAAACGACGCUGCGUCUAAAGACAGCAGCCAUGGUUGUAUGAAAUAUUGUAGAGCUCCAAACUAUCAUUCGCUUCAUAAUGUACUUGUCACGUUUUCAAGGACCUAAUACAUGGACGAAUCUCACCAAGGGUUCAAGA